AUGUUUGUAAGUGAUAAUAUAAAAGGCACUUCCAUACGUGGUAAUGUUAACACCAAUUAUGCCGAUUGUGAUGACGGCAUCAACAAUGACAAUGGGGAUAACAAUGAUAGGAAUAAUAAUCUUGGUGAUAACAGUGACGUUGUCAUCAGAUGCGACAACAAUCGCCAACAUCACCACGUCGUCGAUGACGGUGGAUCUGGAGAUGGGAAGGGAAUAAAUGGUGGUAGAAGUUCUCCAACGCAUUUCAUGGGCAACUUAAGGAGUAAUGCGAUGCUCAUUUGCCAUAAUGAGGAUGAUUUAUAA